ACCGCGGUCCCCGUGGCCAUGACACCAGGCCCCGCCCGGGCCUCCUCCGUCGCCAUGGCAACACCAGGCCGGGCAGGCGACGCCAUCUUAAGACCGGGCACAGCGGCCUCGUCUCCUCCCCCUUUCCAGCCCCCUCGCUUCCGGUCACCUGCCAAUCAUUCGGGCGGCGCGCCAGCGACUUCCGGCGAGGUGGCCAAUCGUGGCGGCGGCUGCGGGGAGCCACGUGACGCGGAAGCGGAAGUAGGAGACGUGGAGAUGGAGCCGGACGGGGCGACACGGCACCCCCCCAAACGCCGGUUACCGGCCACGGCGCCUCGUAUGGCGGAUCCACACCCUCUCUUCGGUGAUACCAGCGCGGCGGGGGGCGGCGGGGCCCAACCGGGCCGGGGUUACGGGGCUCCCCCGGCCGCCGCCGCCGCCUCCCGGGACCCACCGGCCGCGGCCUUCCUGGGCGAGCCGGUGUCCCUGGCCUUGGCCUACGGGAGCAGCUUGGCCAGCCAGGGCCGCGACAUCAUGGACCGUAACGUGAGUGGGGGGGGGACGCGACACGGGGGGGCUCCGUGGCCGGUUACCGGGACCCCUCACGGCCCUUUAACUCUCCGCCGCCUGUUGCUCGACCGGUUCAUCCCCGUGGGGCGGCUGAAGUAUUAUUUCGCCGUGGACACCGCGUACGUGGGGAGGAAACUGGGGCUUCUCAUCUUUCCCUUCGCGCAUCAGGACUGGCAGGUGCGGUACCAGCAGGACACCCCCGUCGCCCCCCGCUUCGACGUCAACGCCCCCGAUCUCUACAUCCCAACGAUGGCCUUCAUCACCUACAUCCUCGUCGCCUGCUUGGUGCUGGGCACCCAAAACAGGUUCUCCCCCGACAGCCUGGGCUUGCAGGCGAGCUCGGCGCUGGCCUGGCUCAUCGUGGAGGUUCUGGCCAUCCUCCUCAGCCUCUACCUCCUCGCCGUCAACACCAGCCUCACCACCAUCGACCUCAUCGCCUUCAUCGGCUACAAAUAUGUGGGGAUGAAUCUGGGCCUCAUCGCCGGGCUCGUUUUUGGCCGCAGCGGUUACUACGUGGUGCUGAGCUGGUGCUGCCUCAGCAUUUUCGUGUUUAUGGGGUGCAGAGUCCAUUGGGGCGCUGGUCCCCGAGAGGCCACCGUCGGUCCCCGAGAGGCCCCCCCGCCCCCGAGGUCAUUGUGGUGCCACGACCCACGCAGGGGCUGCUGGCCCCCCUCCCCACCGUGCCCCCCCGCGAGGGGCCAGGCCCAGGUAUGGGGGGCAGAGCAGAGAGCCCGGAGCCCCGCGCCGGGGCGGGGUGUUGCGGGUAUUUGCGGUGUUGCGGGUAUUUGGGGUGUUGCGGGGGGGGCGGGGGGCGUGUGUGUCACCCCCGGGGGACCCCCCCCUCCCCAACCCCCCCCCCGUUUGUGCCCCACAGACGCGGACGAGUGCUCCAACGGGACGCUGUGCGGGGCUCACGCCGCCUGCCGCAACCUGCCGGGCUCCUUCCAGUGCGUCUGCGACCCCGGCUACGAGAGCGCCCGCCACGGCCACGGCUGCGUGGAUGUGGACGAGUGCGAGACGCUGCGGGGCGUCUGCGGGGCCGAACGGUGCGAGAACGUGGAAGGCUCCUUCCUCUGCCUCUGCCCCGACACCCGCGACGAGUUCGACCCCGUGCCGGGGCGAUGCGUGACCCCCCCGGCCCCCCAAAACCCGCCGCGGGCCCCCCCCGAAGGCGCCGCCUGCUUCAGCAGGGCUUGCGGGGUGCUGGCACCCAACGUCAGCCGGGAGCGCUGCUGCUGCAGCCUGGGCUGGGCGUGGGGCACCCACUGCCCCGCGCGGCCCUGCCCGACCCCCGGCACCGAGGCCCACCUCGCCAUCUGCCCGCACGGGCAGGGCCGCACCGCCGAGGGUCCCCAGGGCUCGCCGGCAGACGUGGACGAGUGCCAGCUCUUCGGGCCCCAGCUCUGCCGGGGGGGGGUUUGCCUCAACGCCGCCCCCGGCUUCAGCUGCUACUGCCCCAGCGGCUACUACUACGAGCAGGAGCACCUGCAGUGCGUGGAUAACGACGAGUGUGGGGCGGAGGAUGCCGAGCCCUGCGUGGGGGGUCGCUGCGUCAACACGGUGGGCUCCUACUACUGCUCGUGCCCCCCGCCCCUGGUCCUGGACGGCUCCCAGCGCCGCUGCGUCGCCAACGACACCCACCGGGAUGCUGCGCAGGCGGUGUGUUGGCAGGAGGUGGGGGUCGACCUGGUGUGCGGCAGACCCCGGCUGGACAGGCAGGUCACCUACACCGAGUGCUGCUGCCUGUACGGGCAGGCCUGGGGCAUGGACUGCGCCCUCUGCCCCGCCCGCCACUCAGAUGACUUCGAGUUCCUCUGCAACGUGCUGCGCCCCCCCAGCUACGGCCCCCCCCGCGCCCCCCCUUCCUACGAAUACGCCCCCGACUUCGCCCCCCCUUACGGCCUCCCUUACGGCCCCGACGUUUUCGGGGGGCCCCGCGUGCCCCCCCCGGCUCUCCGUUCCGACUACGACCCUUACGGUUUCGGGGGUCUGGCGGGGGGUUACGACCCCCGGGGGGACGCUCUCUACGCCCCCCCCCGCUAUGAAGGCGAGGAUUUUGAGGACCCCCGGCGCCCCCUCGCCCACCGACCCCGGGGACCCCGCUACGAGCCCCCCGACCCCCCCCCCGGCUCCCCCUGGUCCUACCAACCCCACGGGACGGGGGGGUUCAGCGAGGAGGAGGAGGAGGAGGAGGAGGAGGAGGAUGAUGCC